AAUAAGACUAGCAAGGGCUGUCAGAGAAAACAAAUGGCGACAAACUUCAAUAGCAGCUGGAAAUUGGGAACCAAGAUGACUGCACUUGUCGUGGACGAUGAUUCAAUCAAUCAAACUAUUCACCACAGACUCUUGGAACAACUUGGGAUAGAAAACCACGUGGCCAGAAAUGGGAAGGAAGCUAUUGAUAUCCAUUGUUCGGGAAAAAAGUUUGAUCUCAUUCUGAUGGAUAGAGACAUGCCUAUCAUGAAUGGCAUUGAGGCAACAAGGAAACUCCGAGCUAUGGGCAUACGUAGCAUGAUUGCCGGUGUAUCAACACGCUGCGUAAAACAAGAAAUUCAAGAAUUUAUGGAAGCUGGCCUGGAUGAUUACCAGGAGAAGCCUUUGACGAGUGCUAAGAUCAUCUCCAUCCUCCAUAAGAUCGAUCACAGUGGCUCAAUUUCAUACUAGCUUACCUCUUUUAUGGUACUAUUUUAUAUGUGUGUAGUUUAACGUUAGUAGGGAGGUUAAUCUAUGCAUGGUCUGUUGUAGUUUUUGUGUUUGUGUGAGUCUCAUAUAGUCUAAGUCCUACAAUUUGGUGUUUGAUGUUGUAUUAAUGUAAUUAGCAGCAUGUGUUCUGCCAAGCCAAGUUCUUGAAUGAGAUUUU